CAGUGCUUCCAGGACACAAGACAGACCGAGAGAGAGAGAAAAGCCAGCGAGCGGGGGAGAGAAAGAGAGAAGGCAGAAUGGCCCGGGUGUCGUAUCAACACAGUGAGGCAGCAUGUAAAUCCUCUGUUCUCUGACAGCAAGGCAGAGCUAAACGCCCAGAGGAGAAAGAGACUAGAUGUAUCAGUGUUUUGGUUUCCAAACCUUUGGGCGUAAGUGUGUGGGUGCGUUUUGUUCCCUAUCUAGAAUUCUGACACCCCUCUAAGACGUUUCAUUAUUUCAUUCCAUGUGUUGUGUGAGCAGCCUACGACACAGGACAUCGGUCUUCUCUAGUUCCAAUCCCAUAAUGCCUUUUACCAGGGCUGUGGUGGCAUGGGCCCAGUUCCAUAUCUGCCCCUAGCUCCUACCUGUAAGCACUUUUGAAGAUCAGAAUGGAUUUGGAUUGGUAUGGCAGUUUUAGUAAUGUGACUUUGUGCCAUUAUUUUCUAAAGCUAUCCAAUGGUUUCAGAUCUAGUGCCGCUGGGAAGAGGCUAUUUGGAAUAGAGCAAUGGUGACAGAAAUAUAAAUAUGACUCCUUUAUUUGACAUCAGCACAAAACACAUUCAAUCUACCCACCAGACUGUAACAAGUAUUUCUCCCUCUCUCCACCUCCUCUCUCCACCUCCUCUCUCCCUCACUCUCAUCUCCCUCCUCUCGUGCCCAUCCCUCUCACCUCCUCUCUCCACCUCCUCUCUCCACCCUCCUCCACCCUCUUCUCACCGUCCUCUCUCCACCUCACUCUCUCUCCACCUCCUCGUCUCCACCGGUCCUCUCUCCACCAUCCUCUCCAGCCUCUCUCCACCUCCUCUCUCCACCUCCUCUCCCCUCCUCUCUCCCCCUCCUCUCUCCCCCUCCUCUCUCCACCUCCUCCCCCCCUCUCUCCACCUCCUUCUCUCCCUCCUCUCUCCACCUCCUCUCUCCACCCCCCCCUCCUCCCCCCCUCCCUCUCUCUCACCGCUCCUCUCUCUCACCGUCCUCUCUCGCCUCCUUAAGCUUCCUCCUACCCCAGUCGCUUCUCUCCUUCGCCUCUCCGUACUCUCUCACCUCACUCUCUCACUCCUCCUCCCCGCACGUCUCUUCCCCCUCCUCCUCCGGUCCACCCUCUCCUCCACUCCCUCCUCCUCCAUCCUCUCAUCUCCCUCAUCUCUCCACCCUCCUCUCCCUCCCUUCCCUCUCCCCUCCCUCCUCUCUCCACCUCCUCUCCCUCCCUCCAUCUCUCAGGAGUCUCCUUCAGGUCGUAGAAAGGCUCUGGCGACCAGCAGCAUCAACAUGAAGCAGUAUGCCAGCCCCAUGCCCACACAGACUGACGUCAAGCUCAAGUUCAAGCCCCUCUCCAAGAAGGUGGUGUCUGCCACGCUACAGUUCUCCCUCUCCUGCAUCUUCCUCCGUGAGGGCAAGGCCACGUAAGUCCACACACACACACACACACACACACACACACACACACACACACACACACACACACACGGCAUACCAGUCUCUGUAUAAUACCAGUCUCUGUAUAAUACCAGUCUCUGUAUAAUACCAGUAUCUGUAUAAUACCUGUAUAAUACCAGUCUCUGUAUAAUACCAGUCUCUGUAUAAUACCUGUAUAAUACCAGUCUCUGUAUAAUACCUGUAUAAUACCUGUCUCUGUAUAAUACCAGUCUCUGUAUAAUACCUGUAUAAUACCAGUCUCUGUAUAAUACCAGUCUCUGUAUAAUACCAGUCUCUGUAUAAUACCAGUCUCUGUAUAAUACCCUGUAUAAUACCAGUCUCUGUAUAAUACCAGUCUUGUAUAAUACCAGUCUCUGUAUAAUACCAGUCUCUGUAUAAUACCUGUAUAAUACCUGUCUCUGUAUAAUACCUGUCUCUGUAUAAUACCAGUCUAUGUAUAAUACCUGUCUCUGUAUAAUACCUGUAUAAUACCAGUCUCUGUAUAAUUCCAGUCUCUGUAUAAUACCAGUCUCUGUAUAAUACCUGUAUAAUACCUGUCUCUGUAUAAUAGUCUCUGUAUAAUACCUGUCUCUGUAUAAUACCAGUCUCUGUAUAAUACCAGUCUCUGUAUAAUACCUGUCUCUGUAUAAUACCAGUCUCUGUAUAAUACCUAUCUUGUAUAAUACCUGUCUCUGUAUAAUAACCAUUCUAGUAUAAUACUGUCCUGUAUAAUACCUGUAUAAUAACCAGUCUCUGUAUAAUACCAGUCUCUGUUUACCACAAAAAGAAUACCCAGUCUCUGUAUAAUACCAGUCCUCUGUAAGAUACCUGUAUAAUGACCCUGUCUCUGUCAUAAGACCUGUCCUCUUUAUAAAUAAUACCAAGUCCUCUGUAUAAUGCCCAGUCUCUGUAUAAUACCUGUCGCUGUAUAAUACCAGUCUCUGUAUAAAAUACCUGUAUAAAUCCCUGUCUCUGUAUAAGAACCAGUCUCUGUAUAAUCAAAAAAAAAAAACCUGUAUGAAUACCAGUCUCUGUAUAAUACCAGUCUCUGUAUAAUACCAGUCGCUGUAUGAAUACCUGUCCUCUGUAAUAUAUACCUGUAUAAUACCAGUCCUCGGUAUACUACCCAGUCCCUCUGUAGUAUACCAGUCCUCGUUUGUAUAAUAACCAGUCUCUGUCUAAUACCAGUCUCUGUAUAAUUACCUGUAUAAUACCUGUCCUCUGUAAUAAUAACCCAGUCUCUGUAUAAUACCAGUCUCUGUAUAAUACCAGGCCUCUGUAAUAAUACCUGUCUCUGUAUAAUACCUGUCUCUGUAUAAUACCUGUAUAAUACCAGUCUCUGUAUAGUACUAGUCUCUGUAUAAUAACAGUCAGCUAGAGGAAUCAACCCCCAGUCACCCCGGCUUCAGAGUGAGAAUAUCUCUCAUUCAAUGGAUCAUAUUCUCUCCAGCAUUCACUCUCACUCUUUCUAUGCUCUCUCUCUCUCUCUCUCUCUCCUCUCUCUCUCCUCAGUCCCUUUGAUAAAACCUAGUGCUAUUUUGUAUGAGCUUGCUGUCACACACAUACCGUUAAAGCAGAGCAGAGCAAGCUCCUUUGUUGUGCAGGGGGACCGGGGAGCAGAAGUGUGUAACCCCUCUUAACCCAUUGGAGAACAAUGUCACUACACACAAAUAAACUCCAUCACGUCAGUUAAAAUGAGCUUCUAUUGCCUGGCCUGCUUCUGUUGCCUGGCCUGCUUCUGUUGCCUGGCCUGCUUCUGAUGUCUGGCCUCCUUCUGAUGCCUGGCCUCCUUCUGAUGCCUGGCCUGCUUCUCUUUGCCUGGCCUGCUUCUGUUUGCCUGGCCUGCUUCUGUUUGCCUGGCCUGCUUCUGUUUGCCUGGCAUGCUUCUGUUUGCCUGGACUGCUUCUGUUGCCUGGCCUGCUUCUGUUCCCUGGCCUGCUUCUGUUCCCUGGCCUGCUUCUGAAGCCUGGCCUGCUUCUGUUGCCUGGCCUUCUUCUGUUGUCUGGCCAGCAUCUGAUGUCUGGCCUGCUUCUGUUGUCUGGCCUGCCACCACAGAAAAGAGAGCGAGAUGGAGGGGUGGGGGGGGGAAGGAGUGAGAGAAAGGAGGAGAAAGAGAGAGCCAGGGAGAGAGAGAAGGAGGGAGAGAGGUGGUGGUGGUGGGGGAGAGGGAAGGAGUGAGAUAGAGGAGGAGAAAGAGAGAGCCAGUGAGAGAGAGGGGGAGAAAGAGAGAGCCAGGGAGAGAGAGGAGGGAGAGAGGUGGUGGUGGUGGGGGAGAGGGAGGGAGUGAGAAAGAGGAGGAUAAAUAAAGCGGGAAGGAGAGAGAGGUAGAGUUAAUCACAGGGUGUUAUCUAUCUGGUGGUGACUGGAUGAGAAACCCCUCGGCAGAGUGUGUUUUCUCCUUGCCCCCUAAUACACACACACACACACACACAGAAACAUACAUGCACGCACACACAGAAACAUACAACUAAACACACACACACAACACACACACGUGCACAUUUCAUCUCCUCAGCAGCCGCUGCAUGAAGGACACAUUGCUUACGGAGACAGGAGAGUAGUGCUCUCUCUCUGGUCCAGCUCUCCCUUUCUCACUCUCCGUCAUGAUAUUCCCUGUUUACUAACACUCUAUAGACAGGUCAUGAUAUUCCCUGUUUACUAACACUGUAUAGACAGGUCAUGAUAUUCCCUGUUUACUAACACUCUAUAGACAUGUCAUGAUAUUCCCUGUUUACUAACACUCUAUAGACAGGUCAUGAUAUUCCCUGUUUACUAACACUCUAUAGACAUGUCAUGAUAUUCCCUGUUUACUAACACUCUAUAGACAGGUCAUGAUAUUCCCUGUUUACUAACACUCUAUAGACAUGUCAUGAUAUUCCCUGUUUAAUAACACUCUAUAGACAGGUCAUGAUAUUCCCUGUUUACUAACACUCUAUAGACAUGUCAUGAUAUUCCCUGUUUACUAACACUCUAUAGACAGGUCAUGAUAUUCCCUGUUUACUAACACUCUACAGACAUCAUGAUAUUCCCUGUUUACUAACACUCUAUAGACAGGUCAUGAUAUUCACUGUCAUGAUAUCUUAACACUCUAUAGACAGGUCAUGAUAUUCCCUGUUUACUAACACUCUAUAGACAGGUCAUGAUAUUCCCUGUUUCUACACUCUAUAGACAGAUCAGGAUAUUCCCUGUUCUACUAACCAACCUUGACAGGUCAUGAUAUUCCCUGUUUACUAACACUCUAUAGACAUGUCAUGAUAUUCCCUGUUACUAACACUCUAUAGACAUGUCCAUGAUGAUUCCCUGUUUACUAACACUCUAUAACAGGUCAUGAUAGUUCCCUGUUUACUAACACUCUAUAGACAUGUCAUGAUAUUCCCUGUUUACUAACACUCUAUAGACAGGUCAUGAUAUUCCCUGUUUACUAACACUCUAUAGACAUGUCAUGAUAUUCCCUGUUUACUAACACUCUAUAGACAUGUCAUGAUAUUCCCUGUUUACUAACACUCUAUAGACAUGUCAUGAUAUUCCCUGUUUACUAACACUCUAUAGACAGGUCAUGAUAUUCCCUGUACAUCCUGAGACUUGAUGUGUUACAUGGUCUUACAGUAGGUGUGAGAUCGGCCUCCCUCCCCUGUGAGAUGGUUGCCUGCUAUGAGAGAGGGAGAGAGAGAUAUAAAAGAGAGAGUUGUUGGCCUGUACAAAAUGGCAGUAUGUUGUGGUUUCUCUUUGGUAGAUUUGUCACAAAUAAAAUCUGAUUGUGUGUGUGUGUGUGUGUGUGUGUGUGUGUGUGUCUCAGUGACGAGGACAUGCAGAGCCUGGCCAGCCUGAUGAGUAUGAAGCAGGCCGACAUCGGCAACCUUGACGACUUUGAGGAGGAGGACGAGGAGAAUGAGGAGAACAGGGCCAAUCAGGAGGAGAAGGCUGCCAAGAUCACAGGUGAGAGGGAACACACACACACCUAUGUGAAGGAGAACAGGGCCAAUCAGGAGGAGAAGGCUGCCAAGAUC